AUGCACACGCUCCAAGCGACGGCGUCAUCGUCACUGUCCCUGACCGAGGGCCACUACAUAUACUCCAUUGCCGCAGCAGGUCCCGGGUCAUUCGCCGUAAUCUCAUCGGACGACUCGCUGCGGGUUUUCAGUGCGGAUGGCCUCGGCCAUUCAUCCAUAGUCACCCCGAGUGCCCACGAGGUGGUGACCUCGCUAAGAACCUACGAUGCGGGCCAGCAGCUUCUGGCCACCGCGGGACGAGAUGGCAGGGUCAAGGUCUGGGACUUGCGCAGCGGGAAGAAGCCCGCCGUAGAAAUGCAACCCUUCGUCGUCGCGAUAGCAAUCCAGGCUCCCGUACUUUCCAUUGCGUGCUCUCCGCAAACCCAUGAUAUUGCUGCAGGAACCGAGCUUGUUGCGUCGAAUUACGGACAGCAAGCCGUGGUCGCCUUUUGGGACAUCCGAUCAGCGAAUCAACCCCGGUUGGAAUAUGUGGAAAGUCACAACGACGAUGUGACCGAGCUCCAAUAUCACCCCACCCGCAGCCAUAUCGCACUCUCCGGCAGUACGGACGGGCUGGUCAACAUUUACGAUACUACCAUCACCGAUGAGGAUGAGGCGUUGGUGCAGGUCAUCAACCACGGCUCCGUGCACCAUGCCGGGUUCCUGGACGAGAAGACCGUCUAUGCCCUCAGUCAUGAUGAGGAUUUCGCGAUCCAUCCCACGACCAAUCCGGAUGACCAGACCUCGGAGGGCGCUGAGCCCAUACAGUUCAAUGACUUGCGACAACCGCUCAACUGCGAAUACAUUGUGCAACUGUGCCAGAACAGUCAGGGCCAGUACAUCGCCGCAGGCAACAAGCUCGAGCAACGGUUGGACCUGGUCCCACUUGUGUCCUCCCCAUCGUGGCAAUUCGAUCAGAACAAUUCGUGGCGUCUUCCAGGCGCUCACGGCGAAGAGGUUAUCCGAUCAGUUUACGUGGAUGAACAGUCUCAAUCUGUUUUGACCUGCGGCGAGGACGGAUGUGUCCGUGUCUGGAAGCCGGAGGAUGGGGAUUCGACAACGCAAGCGGACGGCUCGGCCAAGGGAACGCGACAGAAGGAGAAACGAUCCAAGAACAAAGAUAGAUUCAAGCCUUACUAG